CUAUUUUGCAACAUAUUCUGCUAUGUGCAAUCCAGAUGUUGUGUUAUAAUAGAGCAGGGUAGCUACGUGGUAUAUGUGUCCUAGUGAAGGUUAUGUUAUCAACUAUAAUCGUAAUGAACGAAAGUUGCCAAGAUGAAUGCGUCAUGGACGCUGUUCCGGAAGAUGUCAGCGAGAGAAGGUGUGUUUCCGGAAGACGUGGCUGUUGCUGCAGUGGCAGCUGUCAUCCAAAAUUAUUCUGAGAAGAGCUUUUUUGUUCUGCUUCUGUCUCAUCCAGCUACAUUAUCAAGAUGAUUUCUCUAACGGACUCCCAAAAGAUUGGAAUGGGAUUAACAGGCUUCGGCGUGUUUUUCCUCUUCUUCGGGAUGAUCCUGUUCUUUGACAAAGCACUUCUGGCUAUUGGAAAUAUUCUCUUUGUUGCUGGACUCUCCUUUGUCAUCGGCCUUGAGAGGACCUUCCGCUUCUUUUUCCAGAAGCACAAGAUGAAGGCCACCAGUUUCUUCCUGGGAGGAGUGUUUGUGGUGUUGAUUGGCUGGCCCAUUAUUGGAGUUUUGCUCGAGAUCUAUGGUUUUUUUCUCUUAUUCAGGGGCUUCUUUCCAGUGGUUGUAGGCUUUAUCAGGAGAAUACCAGUCCUUGGCUCCAUCCUAAACCUGCCCUUUAUCAGUGCAUAUGCGGACAAAGUGGGGGAGAGCAACACUAUGGUAUAACAGUGACUUUUUGUAACCGGAGAAAAUUGUUUGAUUAUAGGUUUUAUAAAGCAUCACAAUCUCCCAUGGUGCUGAGUAAAAGCGCCUAAAUAUACAGAUCAGAUUCAGAUUUCCACAUUCAAGCAGACAAGGACUGUUUUUGUCUGUAACUUCAGUGGUCAGCACUACCAAUCACAGAUUCAUCACUGUAUCGCACCAUCAGUUUCUUACUGUCAACACUAAAGUCUCUACAAUAAAUGUUUCAAAUGCCAUCGAUCCCUUCGCCAUUGACUGCAUCUUGCGUUUAAAAGGAGGAUAGAAGACUCCCUCAAGGCCCGACUUUGUCUACAUGAUGUUCUUAAUCUGUGGAACUGUCAGAUAAAACUACCCAGUGCAAGGACAAGAAGUGGAAGUGCAUCCUGCCAUGUUUGCCACGUUUGUGCCUGUGCGUUAACUUAAUUUGCACAAAAGCUUUUAAAUCCAGGAUUUUGUUUACAGUUACACCCCCGUUUCAGCUGUUGGAAUAUUUACUUUGUCCAUUUCUUUGUGAUUGUGUUCAGUGUUGGCUAGAAGUGUUUCUGUAUAAAUUAUUUUUUAAAUAUGAUCGCUUGACUUUAUCUGUUAUGAGUGGCAGUCUGUCUACUCGUUCGUUGGGAUAGACACAGUUCUCGAGUUAAGUGUUCAAAGACAAUGUUCAUGCAAUACACAAGUUAAGGACACAUUGGAUCUUGAUGAAUUAAUAUUCAAAUUGUAAAUCCUUACUGACGCACAAAAUAGUUUUAUACCAAAAUCAUAUACUGUUUGAGAGCUAGGAUUUAAAA